AGGUCGUGACAAAUCACCGGCUCGGAUUUUUGGAUUGGCUGGUUGUGACCAACGUGGCGAGAACGAUUGCGGGACUUAUCAUAUACCCUCGCGGUCAUACUUGGCCAGAGAUUGUCGCAAGAUUUUGCCAUGAACUGAAGCACCUGUUUAUCGAGAUUCCAUGGUGCUUGAACAGUUUGUGAGUCAAGCUUCCUCACAAUGUUUCCUCCGAUGAAUUGUUUCCCUAUGAAUCUAGUUGUAAUGACUGGCCUUGGUCAGCAAUCAACAUGGCAGCAUCACACUUACUUUCCACUGUCACACCGCUCCAGUUACCUGAAGAUGACGGUGACGAGCACCCAGUCGAAGUGUCAUUGUCCAACUUCAUAGAACAACUUCUCUCACCCAACGGCGGAAAAGGCUCACCAUUUUGCAGCGCUAUAAUACGCUCCAUCUCUCUUGGACAAGCUGAGAUUGAUCUCUUCAAGAUCAUCGUUCUGCUAGUCACCCUCGAUGACGUGAAGUAUCAUGUGCAUAUACGUCAUCCCAAAGAUGAGGAGUCUCUCUGGCACCAUUUUAUCACUUCCCUGUGGAGUUAUCAUGGGUUCGUGCAUGAUACAGUAGUGAUAUAUCGACCAGGAAAAAUGCAGAAAGCCGCUUGGGACGCCUUGGAUGUCGAUUUCACAGCCGAGCUGUCUGACAGUGACACUGCAGCAUCGCAGGAUAUUCUCUCGGUCGCCUUGCGUUUACGCGACUUCCGGAACAAUUACUGGUGGUAUUUCUGGCUCAAUGAAAAUUGGCAAUGGCCUAUAUCUAUCGUGAAGGCGAUAAUGAAAUGCGCUAGCCACGUUGUCCGUGUUCAGCUGCAAUGUGACGAAGAGCCGCUGCAUAUUGACAAGUGGGAGCAAACUGACGACUUGCUGGGAGAGAAGGUGGAAGGGUGGAAACAUGCGGAGGGGAAAAUAUAUGGGAAUGGAAUGAAGGACGAUGUGCAUUUUUUGUUUGCGCAUGCACGAGCGCGCUUCUUGAUAGGGUCGAUCAUACUGAUAUCUGUAUUUCUUCAUGUUUAUUAUCACUUCUAAUCUCGUCAGGUUUUUGCGCCAAUGACACGGCUGCCAGUAUGAUUCCAGAUGGAGAGAUGGGUUCCUCGAGUCUUCCCGGUCCUUUCUGCUGCUUAGUCAGUAAGUAGUUUUGGCGUUAGCCGCAACAACAUUGUCUACUCGCCUCGGGGCUUGGGCUUGGGGUUGCCUGACGGAUCACUGGGACUGUGCAUACAAUCACUGCAGUUAGACUGGUCACGAGCCUAGACUGCAGUGGUCACGAGUCUAGGCUGCAGUCGUACAGCUCCACAGAGCUCCACAUAUCCCGAUUAGGUCGGGAGAGCCUAUAUAUAGAUGCAUCCGCUUCACCUGGUCAACUUCUU